UGCCGCUGGUGCUAUAGAGCUGCUAGAUCGGCGUGUGUAACAACAGAAUCUACCAGCACGGAAUCGCGCAAUUAGUAAGAGGGGUGAGGAGUCAUUUUUUGUCUACAUAAACAAACCACAUAGUGUCAGCAAUCUAGACUGUGAUAUAUUGAUACAGAAGCUACCAAUCUCAAUGAACUGCAUCUUACACCAGACUUCUCUAAUGACAGUCAAGAAUCCCGUCGCCUUUGGGUACCGAGUACAAACCGACAUUGAUUUUAACUUGAUUCAUUUCAACUGCGUUCAAAGGACGAAGUAUUGUGUCUUCGACAAUUAAAUUCAGUCAUGGAUAUGUUAUUAUGUUUGAUAGUGGUUCUUGUGGGCGAAGUGGGUGGUUCCCUCAGCAACAAUGAACCAGCUGAAAAGAAACUUCAUGACCAUAUCCUGGGGAACCACUAUAGCAAGUUAAUCCGACCCACGGGAAACAGUUCGGUCAAACUAACAGUCAAACUAGGACUGCGCCUGUCACAGCUUCUGGAGAUUCAUGAGAAAAAUCAGAUAAUGACCACGAGUGUUUGGCUCCGACAGGAAUGGGUUGACCUUCGUUUACGGUGGGACCCCCGGUCUUAUGGAGGGAUUCUUAUUACACACAUUCCCUCCGAGGCGCUCUGGAGACCAGACAUUGUACUCUAUAACAAUGCUGAUGGGGCAUUUGAGAUUACUCUGCUAACGAAGGCAACAGUUCACCAUACAGGACGAAUUGUGUGGGAGCCGCCUGCUAUCUAUAAAAGUUACUGCCCCAUUGACGUGGAGUUCUUUCCCUUUGAUAUACAAGAGUGCUUUAUGAAGUUUAGUUCGUGGACAUAUGAUGGAUAUGAGAUAGAUUUACAACACGUGUGUGAUUCCCAGGCGGUGUAUUACGAGGACACCAAGGUGAAGAUCAUUGACCGUGGCAUUGAUCUGAAGGACUUCUACCAGAAUGUAGAAUGGGAUGUCAUCAAUGUAACAGCCCGGAGGAGCGAAAAAUUCUACCCAUGCUGUCCUCAACCUUACCCUGACAUCAUGUUCAACAUCACACUCCGCCGCAGAACCUUGUUCUAUUCUCUUAACCUCAUCAUGCCCUGCCUAACAAUCUCCUGUCUGACUGUUUUAGUGUUCUACCUGCCAUCAGACAGCGGGGAGAAGAUCACACUCUCCAUCUCUAUACUUCUGGCUCUCACUGUGUUCUUUCUGCUUCUUUCAGACAUCAGUCCACCUACGUCAUUUGUGAUACCCCUGAUCAGUAAAUAUCUAUUGUUUACGAUGAUAGUGGUGACGUUGUCAAUCUUUCUUGCUGUUUAUACGUUAGGUAUUCACUUCAGGAGACCCUCAACUCAUCGAAUGAGCCCUUGGGUCAAACGAGUUUUCACCGAGAUUCUUCCAAACAUGCUACUAAUGAAAAGACCAGAUUUACACCGUAAAUCCAAAGAUAAACAGUACAGGAAUGUGAAUGGCAUAGAAAUGAGAGACGUGCGCGAGAACCACAACCACGCAAGGGUGGGAUGGAAUAUGGAUACCCAGGAAGGACUACGAGUCCGAAAUCCUUCAGGAGAUUCCACAGAAAUCAAAAGAUACCCCAAAGAAAUCCGAGAGGCCAUAGACAGAGUCAAGUUUGUGGCGGACCAUCUUCGGGAAGCAGAUGCAGACAAUAUGGAAGAAAGAGACUGGAAGUACGUUGCCAUGGUGAUGGAUCGUUUAUUUUUGUACAUUUUUACUACAGCCUGUGUAUGUGGGACACUUAGUAUAUUUUUGUAUGCACCUUCUUUAUAUGACCCCCGGGGACCGUUAAGUCUCGAUGAUCAGUUCAACUGUACAUACUAAUGUAAGUCAAUUACCUGUACAAUAACAACUGUUAAAUUAGCUGUGCAUAAACAGUUGUACAGUAACUGUAUAUACAACUUAAAUUAACUGUACAUGUAAACUGUUAAGUAAAUGUAAAUUAACUGUAAAUAUACAAAUAAAAUUAACUCUAAAUAAUUAACUAAAGCAUAAAUUAACUGUGCAUAUACAGUUGUUAAGUAACUGUAUAUACAACUGUAAAUUAACUGUACAUAUAUACAACUGUUAGAUAAGUGUACAUACACAGUACAACUGAAAAUUACCUGUACAUAUACAACUGUUUAGUAACUGUGCAUAUAUGAGGGUUGGCUGGUGAAAUCGUGGACAAGUUGUCUACAGUAAAAAAUAAAAUUUUCACUGCUCUUUAGUAUAUUUUUCAUCGGGACUACCCUGUGCACAUUGAAGAAUAAUAAAAUCUUUAUUCUUGUCUUUAUUUUUCCACAAAAAAAAUAAGGUAUCGUUCAAUAUGAUAAACAUUUGCCGAAAUUUUUAGCUUAGUGCGCGCAUUAUUUUUUCAAUAAAAACGCAUUCUUUACGAUUUUACUGGACAACCUUCGUACAACUCUUAAAAUACUAUGCAUAUACAACUGUUUAAUAUUUGUACAGAUAAAACUGCAAAUUAACUGUACAUAUGUCACUACAAAUUAACUGUAAAUUUACAAAUUAAUGGUACAUAAAUAACUAUAAAUUAAUUGCCUAUAGUGAGACAACUGUAAAUCAGCCAUACAUACUGUAAACCAACUAUUAUUCGCGUCAUCUUUUAUUUGCGAUUCGGCAGUUUGAAAUCAAUCCGCGGCGAUUAUUUUUCGCGACUUAGGCAACACUCUCUACAAAUACAAAACAAAAAAAAUGGUUCGCGGCGAUAAAUAUUCGCGAAUUAAAGUUGGUUGCGAAAUUCGCGAAUAUUUAUCGCACUCGAAUAAAAGUUGGUUUACAGUAUUGACUGGCUAUAAAUUAACUGUAUCUUGACGGAGACUAAGAAAAAUGUACAGUUGUCUUAGUAAUAACAAUUUUUAAAUUUACUGUAAAUAAACGACUGUAAAUUUGCUGAACAACUUCUAAUGAAGUGUAGAUUUAGUGAGACAAUUGUAAAUCGACUGUACAUGCUGACUGCUGUAAAUUUACUGUACAAAGAUUAAAAGUCUAAUUUAAAACAUCAGAAAUAAGAUAGAGCUAAUAUGCUGCAGUGAGUAUUGUUACACUAUAAACACUACUUUGUCUUGCAAUUAUGGUUCUAAAUAAAAGGUUAAACUUCAAA